CACAAACCCUAGGGAGAUAAUCCUCUCUGCAUCGUCCGUCGUCUCUUACAACUCUCCUUUUCUGAGCCAAACCCUAAUUAGCUUGCGACUAGUAUCACUUGCAGGGAACUUGUAAGGAGGAGGAGACAAGAUGAGAUUGGUCAAGUGUUGGUUUUGCUCUUCUACGAUAUAUCCUGGACAUGGUAUUCAGUUUGUCCGCAACGAUGCAAAGAUUUUUCGGUUCUGUAGGUCUAAAUGCCACAAGAACUUCAAGAUGAAGAGGAACCCUCGUAAGGUCAAGUGGACUAAAGCCUACAGAGCUGCACACGGAAAGGACAUGACUCAGGAUAAAACUUUUGAGUUUGAGAAGAAGAGAAACAGACCCGAGAGGUAUGAUAGGAACGUUACGGAGGAUACUCUCAAGGCCAUUAAGAAGAUUGAUAAGAUCAGAAGCACUAGAGAAGCUGAACACAUCAAUAAGAGGUUGAAGCCUAACAAACAGAAGAUAUUCAAGAGUGCAAUCACCGAGUUAGAUCAGCACAUUAGUUUGAUCAAGGCACCAGGUUCUCAGCAACAAGAUUCAGAGAAGAUGAAAGUUUUGGUCUCCAGCAACAAGUCUGUUCAAAACGAAGCCAUGGAAGAGUGAUUGUGGAAACAUUUGAGAAUCCAUUUAGAAGAUGUAUUCACUUUACCCCAAAGCUCGUGUUUUCUUUUUAAAAAGUGUGUUAAGAUUGUUUUGGUUUUGCAAUGUUGUAUUAAAUUAACCCGAUACAAGGGAAACAAAGUUAAGUAGUAUUUUAUGUCUGCCUUCUUCUUAAGUAUA